AUGUCUAUGUUUCGCAGGCCUGGAGAAUCCUCAUCGUCGUCUUCUUCAGAGGCUUCCUAUGACCGAACGGAGGAUGAAGAGCCGGAAUCGUCUCGCCAGAAUGGCUUUUUGUCCCGCAUCAACACAUUGGAAUCAGGUGCAUCUGGAGUACCUGUAGAUGCGCAGCGCCCAUCUCUUGCAGAAUUGAGGCAAGAAUCGGCCCAAGAUGUGCGAAACAUUAUGCUUCAUGCAAUGCUGGAGGAGAAGGCCAUUGCAGAAGCUGCAGCGCGGCUGAAGACAGACCCCACCGAUCCGGAGGCUCAGAGGCAGGGUCGAGAAGCGUACCAACGGCUUGCUCGUCAAUUGUUUGACGACAAGUAUGCCAGCGACGAGUUCCGAAGUCAUCGUAAGCAGGCGCAGCAAGGUAUCAAUACACUGACUAGCAGCCAUCUGCAAACACUGUCCACAAUCCCGCAAGAUACUCAAGCGUUGGUCAUGCACCACAUGCAAGGUAACGCCGUGCCUGCACCACAGCCGCCGCUUCCUGGUAUCGAAGUUCUGUCAGGCCUGCACUCACCGGCGGGAUUGUAUCUACGCGGGUAUCCGGACUUGCAAAAUGACCGCUAUGUGCGAGACUUCUCGGAACUCGAGGUUGUUGGUAAGGGUGGCUACGGCAAGGUCUACAAGGUCAAGCACAAGCUCGAUGGAUCGUUUUACGCAGUCAAGCGUAUUCCUGUGCCCCCUGCCAAGCUAGCAAAAGUUCAGCAGCAAGGGCCGGAGGCGUUGAGCAGCAUGUUGGAAGAAGUACGGUCUUUAGCCCGCUUCGACCACGCAAACAUUGUCCGUUACCACAAUGCAUGGCUGGAAUUUACAACACCACCUACGGAAAGGCCGUUUGUACCAAUGACGACCGUCGUACGAGAUAACCGGCUGCUCGAGGAUCCUGCAAACUUCUCUUCGAGCCCCUCGGACGUGGACUAUCUCCAGAAGAAGAUGGACAGCAUGCAGUUUGAGGAGCCAUCAGCCAACUCUGGCGCAGACAUUGUCUUCGAAGCAAGCGACACUGGCGAGGGAGACAACUCAAGGGGCAACGUGGACCACCUGUCCCUUCGAGAGCAGCUGAGCGUCAAGCGAAAGAAACGGCGUAGCAGCCAGGCCAGCCAGGCUACGAUUGCGACUGUGUCGUCUACAAGGUCUCGCAUGAGCGCCGUGGAGGAUGUUUCCGAGGAUUUCGAUGACGAGGACGUUGAGAUGAUCCCUCGACGACACAUGCCCUCGUCGCAGGACCUCACGACGGAUCUGUCGGACAGCAUGGUCUCACACAGCGAUGGGCCGGCAGGGCCUCUUGUCAAGACGCGAGCGAGCGGCCCAGUCCUGACGCUGAACGUGCAGAUGUCACUGUAUGAGAGCAGCCUCGCCGCGUUCCUCUCGCCCGAGCGCACGUCGUUGUCGAGCCAGGCCGAAGUGAGGCACUGCUUCCACGCAUGCGUAUCGUGGGAGCUCCUGAGCAACAUCCUCGCGGGGGUCGAGUACCUCCACAGCCAAGGCGUGGUGCACCGCGACCUCAAGCCAGCCAACGUGUUCCUCUCGCUCAGCACGGGGCGGCGGGGACCAUACGGGUCGGUGGAUCUCUCGUCGUGCAAGGCGUGUCCGGAGCGGGCGUGCGUGCACGUGGUACCGCGGAUAGGUGAUUUUGGCCUCGUGGCCGCGCUCGACGAGGCGAGCAGCACCGAGUCCCGAAACAGCAGGGCGGCGAGCACCAAACCCGUGGGCACGGAAUUCUACCGCCCGUCGACGAGCAGCCGCAACAGCGACAAGCUGGACGUGUUCGCGCUCGGGGUCAUGGCCGUGGAGCUGCUGUGUCCGUUUGGCACGCGCAUGGAGCGCAGCGCCACGCUGUCGCGACUGCGGCACGGCGCGUUUCCCGACGGCUUCGCGGCGCGCUUGGGUCCGCAGGGCGACAGGGCGCAGCAGCUGAUUGGCGCCAUGGUGCUGGCGGACGAGCAGCAGCGCAUGGGAUGCGAGGAGGCGCGUGGCGAGGUGGCGAGGUUGGUGGAGGCGUUGCGCGGGAGCAGCUGUUGA